AUGAGCAGCACCUUUGUGACCCUAGCUGAAGUGCUGGAGGCUAGAGGAGGGCCACUGGAGGAGGAUGAGGUCUGGGCCCUCCUGUUUACUUCUGCUGAAUCACUGCUGGGUCUCUUCAGCAUAGGGCAAAGCAACAUCUGUAGCAUCAUAAGUCCGGCAUCUCUGCUCUUGUCUACAAAUGGUACACUAGCUUUCAAGAACUGUGCAAUGACGGAUGAGGCGUGUGCCUUCACUGCACCAGAGAUGCUGCAGGGCCGUACCCUCAGCUCCAGAAUGGCUAUGGAGAAGAUGAUUGUAUACUCUCUUGGCAUGGCCCUUUAUUGGUCGGUAGACUAUCACAUUCCUCAAAACCAACCUGUUCAGCUGAGUGAUUCUCUGAACUGCCUCCUCUUGAGCAUGUGUGAGGAUGUGGCCCAUCGGCGAGGGAACCUCAGCACCAUCCUCGAGGCCUGUGAAUCUCAUCAUAAAGCCUCAGUUUUGUUGCCACCCAAGGAAGUCAUCCAGCGGCUGGUGGAAGAGCUCUUCCAAAACUCUGCUGAUCAACCCACUCUGAGAGAGAAUACAGUGCAGCAGAUAAGUGGCAGAAGUUUGAUGGUCAGAGAAAGACUUCAUGGAAAACGGAUAGCGUACCUUGGAUAUGCCGAAGGGAAUGCAAGUGCAGCAGAGAGACGCAGACUGUCAUUUGACUUAGAGAUUAAACAGGGAGCUGUACAUCAACAGAAAUCCUGGUCCCUUAAAAACAGAACCUCAGAGAUGCCUGCCUACCAAACCAAUCAGAGCAGAAUUCCACAUGGAGCUCAUCAUAGUGGAGGUGGAAGCAGUUGGUCGCCCAGGAAUUAUAAAACUGAACAUAGACUUUCCAGCCCUUCCAUUUCUCUCAGCGAGUCUACAGUCAGCCUCAGCCAAAGGAAGACAAAAAGUCUAGGACCAGAGUUUGCAAGAAUGGCUGAUGAGCCUCAUAUAAUUUUAGAGCUUCCUGGAUCUAUAGUGUCAAAAAAAGGAAGGUCUUCCUUAUCCCAAAGGGAAGUUAUUGUGGUGAUGCCAAAUACACAGUGUGUAGUGGUGAGAUGUGAUAUCAAGUCCAGGGGAAGAGAUGUCUUCGACAUGGUCGUCGCUCAUGCAAACCUCGUGGAGCAUUUUUACUUUGGCCUUGCUUUCAUGGAUGAUGACGAAUUUUUCUUUUUGAACCACGAGACGAAAAUCUCCAAAGUGGCGCCAGACUGCUGGAAGAAAUUAGCAACUUCUACGUUCACUCUGUUUCUCCGUGUUAAAUUUUUUGCUGAUGAUGUUUCCUACAUAUUGCACAAACUCACACGUCAUCAGUACUAUAUCCAGCUGAGGAGAGAUAUUUUGGAGGGCAAAGUGUACUGUAAUGAGGACACUGCCAUGUUUCUUGCUGCCUUGGCUCUGCAGGCUGAGUUUGGAGACUACAUUCCAGAAGUUUAUGGAAAGAACUACUUCCAGAUGGAGCAUUAUAUUCCAAAAAGAGUGAUGGAAAAAAUGACCUUGCCCUGUGUAAGGGAGGAGUUGCCACAAUUACAUGCCAGUAAUUCAAAUAUGCUCAGAGACGAUGCGGAGAUAGAAUUUUUAAAGAUUGCACAACAGCUGCCGGAAUAUGGGGUGCUGUUUCACAGAGUAGCUCGAGAGAAGAAGAUUGCCAUUGGAGAACUCAUUCUUGGAGUUUGUGCCAAAGGAAUUAUGGUUUAUGAAGUCAAAAACAACUGUCGGAUAUUAAUCCGCAGAUUUCAGUGGUCAGAAACUGACAGUAUUUCCACAAGUUGGAGGAAGUUCACUGUAGAAUGUGGCCCUAGUGGGAAAAAGCACUCCUUUGUAACUGAAAGUUCCAAGAUAGCACAAUACCUCCUGGACCUCUGCUCCGCACAGCACAAAUUCCACAGUGAGAUGACCUCUCGACAGCUCACCUACAGUUUAGUAUCAGAUGACAACAAAGUGAAACAUCCUUUGAUAUGGCGUGCUCGACAAAACCUGUUAAAGAGGAUGUCAUGCUCAGAAGUUGGACUCAAUAAUGUUGGUCUGGGCAUAUCAUCUGUGAACUCCAUAAGCAAGUCAUGCGAUGAUCUUUCAGCCAAGAUCCAGCAGUCGAGAGACCUGCAACAAACACGUGACUCUGUGGGAAUAAGAGGCCAUAGUGAAGUGAAGAAACCAAGUCAGAGAUGCAACUCCCCGGGGGCCUUUAGUUCUCCAAUUUACCGGAUCAUGUCGAAUGCCUCUCUACAAAAGCAAGACUCUGAGUCUUACUCAAUCUCGUCCAGAGCCGAAACUCCUGUUAGAACUCCUCCAGAAAGAGAAAUUAUCUGUGUUACACUGAAGAAAGAUCCACAACAUGGCUUUGGAUUUAUAAUAGUCGGAGAGGACAAUACAGGAAAAUUAGAUCUUGGAAUCUUCAUUGCAUCCAUCAUACCUGAUGGGCCUGCUGAUAAAGAUGGCAGAAUCAGGCCAGGUGGGCGACUGAUUUCUCUUAAUAAAACCAGUCUGGAAGGAGUAACCUUCAGUGCAGCUGCUGACAUCUUACAGAACAGCCCAGAUGAAGUGGAGCUUAUAGUGUCUCAGCCAAAACAUGAGUUUUGGGACCGUAAAAGCUCUCUGACUGCUGGCAAUCUAGGGCUAAUGCUGGAGAGAGGCUUGGACUCUCUGAGUACCCAGAAUACAGAGCACAGGACUGUAAAAGAGGACACCGAAUCCAACAUCGUCACACCUAAAAUGGGAAGAAAGCUUCAUAUCCCUGUUGUACGAAUUCUAGAUACUAAGGAUGUGUUCUCUGGGUCAUCCUUUAAGUCCAGCCUCAGGCCAGGUGACUUGGUCUGUGUAGAGCUGAAGAAAGUCAAUGGCAGCCUGGGCAUCUGUGUUGCAGGUGGCAUCAAUACCAGUGUGCGCCAUGGAGGGAUCUAUAUCAAAAGCCUAAUACCCGGAGGAGCUGCCGAUAUGGAUGGUCGAAUACAGACUGGUGAUAGGCUACUAGAGGUAAAUGGCUGUAACCUGCAAGGGGUCACACACAAGCAAGCUGUGGAGUGUUUGAAAAAAACUGGAGAGGUGGUGCUUCUACUUCUAGAGCGAGAGCCUCCUCUGGUGAUGGAAACCGCCAGCUUCUUGUCCACUGCGGAGAAACAGAAAUUUGCAUCAUCCCUCAGAGCACAGAGCACCACUCCCACUGGACAAGACAUUACCAUGGAAAUGCCCUUGUCUGUCAGGGCCAAGGACUACAGCUUUGUGUCAGAUGAGAACACUCUGGAGGUGACUUUGGAGAAAAAACUGAGUGGUUUGGGAUUUAGCUUCCUCAUCAGUGACAUUACUCCUGGGGAAGGAAGUGUAGUGCGCAUUAGGAGACUGUUCUCCGGCAACUCAUCUGAAGAGACGAGUCCUCUCAGGGAGGGAGACGUCAUCCUCACUGUUAAUGGAGAAUCUGUGAAAGGGCUUUCCUAUCAGAAAGUCUUACAGCUGCUGCGGGGAACACAGUCUGAACUCAAGCUGUUAAUCUGCAGACCUUCACCUGGCCAAUUUCCAGAGAUGGAUUCUAUCUCACAGAGUCCUUCCCCAUUGCAGAGUAAAAAGCAGAGGUCUCGGUCUUUAGACCUGCCCGGGGAGUCUGUUUCUUUGAGCUUUGGUGAAAUACUCCAACAAAAGACGAUAGCACUAUGCCAGAGGAAGGACAGUGCUUCACCCAAACCCUGUGCUUUCCGAUUAAUUCAGCAGAGACAAGACAGCGAACAGGAUGAUACACCAUCCACCAUAUCAUCUCCACCGUCCCCGCCAUCUACUGAUGGACAGCACACGGAAAAUCCAGAUGAGGAGGUUCUCUCCAGCACUUCUUGUUCCCAAACACCAACCACACUCAUAACAACAACAACCCUGAGCCCUGUACAAACUCCACUCAUGCCAACACCUUCUCCAACAUGCCCAUACCCAAAGCCAGAAGUAAAUGUGUACACGUCCUCAAAAAGCAACCAUAUUUCAGCUAUUACCAGUGAGUUUGCUGAAGAUAUGGAUAGAAGUAAAGCAUGCUUUAUAACCAAUGGACUGGAUGUCUUAACUGAUGAAGAAUAUCUGACCAUUACUACCACUGCUUCAAGUUCUCCAAUCUGCAGCUCUGCUUCUACCAGUGCUUUGAUCCCUUCUAUACCAUCUCCCCAUACAAGUCCAACAAGAACAAAAAAAUCACCCCCUCCUCUAGCUCAGACCACCACAACAAGCACCAACAAUGGCUGGGAUGAUGAAGAGGAGGAUGAUGAUGAAGAAGACCCCAGAAGGGAAGUGUUUAAGGAGUUUGAGCUGACAGUAACUCUUACUAAAACCAGAAGUGGUAGUUUUGGAUUUACUAUCACCAGGAGCAAAUUAGACAACUGCUAUUACAUACAGGAGAUCCUGGAUAAUCCAGCCAAGGCAGAUGGCCGUCUCCGAGCAGGAGACAGGCUGAUCAUGGUGAAUGGUCAUUAUGUGACCAAUGUAUCUGAUGAUGUGGCCAUGACUAUUCUGAGAUACUCUCCUAAAAGGCUCCACAUGGUGUUAGGCAGAGCUGUACAGAACCUCCUGCCUCCUCCAUCACCAGACAGUCUUCAGGACAUUAUUAUAUGCAAAACCACAUCUGGACAAAUGGGUAUUAAGCUCAGAGGUGGCAUUGGCAGCAAAUGGCAGUGCAUUUACGUUCAGGAAGUGGUGCCCAACUCACCUGCCAGUGAGGAGGGCAGCAUUCAGCCGAAUGACAGAAUUGUCUACAUCAAUGGCAGGUGCACCCUGGGAAUGACACUGGAAGAUGCAGUGAAGAUCUGUGAACAUGCUUCAGGCAAAGUUAAACUCAAAGCCAUGAGAGAUGAUAAACCUGUGACACCCAAAAGCAAAUGGAAUGGUUUCUUUGAUUGGAAGAAAGAAAAGAGGUUAGUGCCUCCCUCUGAGGAGCCUAGGUCAACUGAGGCGGAGGCUACUGCUCAUGGUAAGGACUCUGUUAAACUCAUGGCUGAAAAUGCUGAAGGAUUUGGGCCAAUGCCCUCUGUAACCUCUCAGCAGGAGAGCUGCAUUCUUCAGCUGGAGUUUACUAAACCAGAGAGAGGUGGGUUAGGCUUUUCUCUGGUAGGUGGAGUCAAUGGCAGCAACCUGCAAAUAAAGGACAUCUGCUCUGGAAGUGUGGCUGAGCAGGACGGCAGGCUGCGUGUGGGAGACAUCCUUCUGGAGGUGAAUGGUGUAAUUGUGUCAGGAUUGAGCCACCUUAAGGUGGUGGAUAUUCUGAGGAGAGCAGAGGGGACAGUUCAGCUAAUUGUAUACAGAGAUAUUUUCCCUGUUACUUCCUGCACUGGCCCUAGUUCUUCCACUGAAGUCCCUCAAGAACGCAACACUAAAGUUAGCUCGCUUCUAGAGGUUCCGGAUGAUCGUGUGUCUUUUCAGUCAUCAAGGUGUCCUGGGGUGCAAAUGGAAUACAAACAGGAUAGUGGAAAUUGUACACCUAACUUUCAGGGCUGUUGUCCAUCUCUGAGUGUCACAGAUAUGCUACAGAGCAGGACAGAGCCCCAGAAGGAGAUUUUAGAAAAUUCCUGCAAACUAAUGGAGAAAAAUUACACAGACAGCUGGAGCAGUGAUGAUGAUGAUGAUGACGAUGAUGAUGAUGAUGAAGAUGAUGAUGAUGAAGAUGAUGAUGAUGACACUCAACAUUCUUCUACAGUAAAAACAUUAGACACAGGUCCGCCUAUUGUAUCUGAGGAGGAACUGACCAGAUUUGCUCUGAUCAACCCACCAAUGAAUGACCAGUACUCAGGGUCUAGACUCAAAAGUCUUAUUCAAAAUCUUCAGAAUCUACUAGAUCAGCAUGAGCUUGUCAAGGAGUUUAUGGCUUUAGGGCAUCUGACACCAUCUGAUAAUUUCCUGGUUGGAAAAGCACCAGAGAACCGAGAGAAAAACCGAUACAGAGAAAUCCUGCCCUAUGAUAAGACACGGGUUCCUGUGGGAGAGAAACAGGACUACAUAAAUGCCAGCUACAUCCGGAUGAAGGUGGGCCUGGAUGAGUUUUUCUACAUCUCAUCACAGGGACCACUGCCCAACACUCAGGACUGCUUCUGGCAGAUGGUUUGGGAGAACAAGUCUGACAUCAUUGCUAUGAUGACCCGGGAAGUAGAGCGUGGCAGAAUAAAAUGCCACAAGUACUGGCCUGAGAAAUGUGACGUUCCCAUAGAAACUAACCUCUACCAGCUGAUUUUGAAAAAUUUCCAAAAAUUGGACUACUUCCACAUCAAGAUCAUCCAGAUGGUAGAGAAAAAGACUGGAGCCACACACUUCGUGAAGCACCUGAAGUUUACCACAUGGCCUGACCACAGUACGCCUCGCUCUUCUAAGCAGCUAGUGCACUUUAUCCGAUACAUGCGUGCAGUACACUCGAGCGGGCCAAUUACUGUGCACUGCAGCGCAGGCAUAGGCCGAGCCGGCGUCCUCAUCUGCAUUGACAUCAUCCUCGGCCUCAUAGAAAGGGACCUCACUAUUAAUGUGAGUGAGAUUGUGAGGGAGAUGCGGCUCCAGCGCCACGGGAUGAUUCAAACCAAGGAACAGUACGUCUUCUGUUACAAAGUGUGGCUGGACGUGUUGCAGAGCAUCUCGCUUCUUCAUGGCAACCAAUGGCAAUCAGAAACCCCCUUGUGAAGGAAUGAAUGAGUUCUGGCUUUUUUCCACGCUAAGUUAUUCCACAGUUUCCUCAGUGGGGCGACAGCUCUCAUCUGUUUGAACAGUGUUGAAAUACUGUUAUAUGAAGUUAAUCAUGUGCACUGAGUUUGAGUUUCAGUGCUGUUCUGAUCGUUUAGUAUUAAAUAUAUGGCACAGGAAGCACACUAGACAUUUUCAUCAACUGUGUUAUGACCUUGUAUGACUCGAUUUAUAUCUUCACCUACAACAUAUAACUCAAAGCACAUAUUUCCUAGCCAUCUUCAUCACUUUGCCUUGAAUGUGUAGUCAGGUAUGAGCUACUGAAUAUAUGGAAAUCUGUCUUUUAAUAUGUAAUUAUACAAAUAUGUUUAAUUAAUUGUCACUGCUGUUAUUUAGAAGCUCAGCACUGUACAAUAUCAUGAAAACAGCAACAUAAACUUAUUUUAUUAUUAAGUCAUUAUUAUUAUAAUUUUCUUAGACAUACAGUAAUAAUUCUAAAGAGCUAUUUUAACUUUUAAGAGCUAAACACAUGGAGAAAAGUGCCUUUUACUUUGUCCUGUUAAGCAGUUUUCUCGGUCGUCUCUGUCACUGAAGUAAACUAAUUUUGGCUGCAAGCUGCCAGCUGACAGGAAUCGGAAAAAGAAACAGUUUCGUUCAAAGAACAGAAGAUUGAGUGAAUAUAUGAGAUUUGCUAGACACCCAGGGGUGGACUUAUGAUCAACUGGAAAAAAAAUAUCUUUGGGGAUCUUUUGAGUUUAGAUAUUUUGGAUGUUUGUUUUUUUUGGAGAAGACUUUAUUAGAAGUAGGUGACAUCAGGUAAACUCAUGAUCAGUAAUCAGAACAUUUUACACACAAACACUAAUGUUUGAGUGACUUAAGUAUAUAGAAAUAUAAGAUUAAACAUAGAUAUUUCUGUGAUCUACCCUUGCUAACAUGUAUUAAGUGUCAGAUUUUAAGUAUCCCACUUUUUAAAACAUUUUAAGUUUUAAUUAAUGAUAAAUUUAUGAUUAUAAAUGAUUUACAACAUAGACAAGCCAUAAAGCAUGCCUUGCAUCAAAAAAAUAUACUAGCAGUAGCAGCAUGAAAACUGCCAAUGUUCCAAAGUACAUUUCCGAUAUAUUAUAUCACCAAAUUAAAUGAUUUUUAAUUAUUCUUUAAUGCUUGUGUUUCCAGGUUUUCUUGUCAUUUUUUAAAGCAUUUAAAAUCAUUUAUUUUAAAAUGACCUGGUCAGCUCGAUUAGUUGUUUUAAAAAGACAGAAGGUUGAAUUUACAUGAUGUUACUUUA